AGCAGUCAUCGGUCGGUUGCUUGACCGCGGCGCGUAGGAUGGCGGCGAGCAGUGCUGCUGGUAAUGACGGCCCGGAGGAGAAGACGAAAGAGGACUUCCACCACCUCUUCACCUUCACAAGCAGUCAUAAAGCCGGUACGGUGUGUGAAUGCAUGCAAGAUCCGCCUCACUGCAAUUGCUGCUGUGUGCGUGGGAUCCAUCAGGGAUGGACAAGGUGGACCGGGAGAAGGCCAACCAGAUCAUCUAUGAGAUGUCCAAGGACAGCAGCUACUUCAAGAAUGAGCAGCGCAAGGCCGCAGAAGUGGACAAGCAGAUCACAGAGAUGCUGGCGAAAGCAGACGCAUAUCGGUCGGUAUCAGGGCAGACAGACAGGGGAGGGGAGGGGAGGGGAGGCUGGUAUGCAAUCUGUGCACGUGUGUACGCUGCGCGUGUGUGCUGGAUGGUCAGGAACUCGCCGCCCGAGAUGCGCCUGAAGGCCGAGCAGUCGGUGCGUGGGGUGCUGCAGCGUCUGGAGAAGGAGAGGGAGAGCAAGAGGGGCUCAUGGUGGUGCCACGUAGACAUGGACAUGUUCUACUGCGCCGGUACGUACGUCAAAACACACAGCACGACACACACAUCACAUCGUCACCUCUGUGUGUCGUCCUGGUUCCCUCAGUCGAGAUCCGCGACAACCCAUCUCUCAAGGACAAGCCCGUGGCUGUGGGCGCCGGACCCCGCUGCACUCUCUGCACCGCCAACUACAUCGCGCGCUCGUACGGUGUGCGCAAUGCCAUGCCCGGCUUCAUCGCGCAGAAGCUCUGCUCAGAUAAGGGCGCUACUCUCGUCUUCGUCCCGUAAGGAGUACACACAACGACACACACACACACACACACACACAGGCAGGCAGGCAGGCAGUGUGCUUGCAUUUCAUUCGUUUCCCUGCUUGUGGCUGUGUUGUUCAGGCCUAGAAUGAACAAAUACGCCGAGGAGUCGAAGGUUGUGCGUGAGGUAUGGAUGUUGACACACACAUGGUGGUAGUCUGUGUGUGUGUGUAUGUAUUGUUCUCGUGUGUGCAGGUGUUGUCAGAGUUUGAUCCUCACCUGAAGAUGGGCUCGCUCGACGAGGCCGUCCUCAACCUCACUGACUACCUCAAGUAACCCAUCGCCCUCAUACGGAGAUGGAUGCUCGUUUUUCUGUGCUGAUUGGUCGUCUCUGCAGGAAGAAUGGUCUGGACAGUCACGAGGGCAGAGUGCAGAUCGCCACACAGAUACGUCAGAGGUAGGUGACGCUCCGCCCACCAAAUCGUGCGGACUGCCGUCGAUGAAUGUGUGUGUGUGUGUGUGUGUCGUCUGUAAUCAUCAGGAUAGCUGAGCGCACUGGAGGUCUGACGGCGAGCGCAGGCAUCGCUCCCGGCCGCAUGAUUGCGAAGAUCGCAUCCGACAUGAACAAACCCAAUGGUACGCACCACAAUACACCGAGUGGGUCCCCAAUGGGCUGCUGCUGGCACUCCCUUUGUCACGUGCUCACCGAUUAGGUCAGACGAUCGUCGAGGAGCGUGAUGCAGUGGGCUUCACGGACAACCUGAGCGUGCGCAAGAUACCCGGGGUGGGCAAGGUAAGUACGUCAGCCGUCCGCUGUCUGCCCCGCCAAACACUGGGUGGAUCCAUCCGAGCGUCCUUUUGUUUCUGUGUGUGUGUUGUGCUUGCAGGUGGGUGAGCGCAAGCUGGAGGCGCUCAACAUCAAGACCUGCCGCGACAUCCUCGACAACGCCGUUCUCAUCACACAGGUGUGUAGGCGAAUCGUGGAUGCGUCCAUCUGUCCAUCUUUUCCACGUGUGCGGUGUGGUGGGUGUCAGCUGUUCACCGACCCCUUCAGGCAUCUGCUGCUGCGUGCGGCCAUGGGUGUCGACGGCGAGCUCAAGGAGCAGGAGCGUAAGUCGUUCUGCUGCGAGCACACCUUUGACGCGACCGACGACCGCACGAAGCUCGAGAAAGUGCUCAGGAACAUCGCUGCGGCACUCGCAAGUAGGCGACCCAUCACCACUAUUUGUUGUCACGGAUGGACUCGUUGCUGUCGUGUCCUUGCAUGCGUCAGAGGAUCUGAAGUCGGAUCGCAUGAAGAGCAGACACGUCACCAUCAAAGUCAAGACGGCCGACUUCAAGGUUCGCAGAAUCGACAACACACCAGAACCUGUCAUCAGCAACACUCCGUUCCUGUCCCUCUCCAUGCGGCUGUAUGUCAGGAGCGGAGUGUCGCGAUGCAGCUCUCGCGCAACACCGACGAGACCGACGACAUCGCCGCUGGCGCGCGCAAGGCCCUCAACAAAUACAUCGACACACACGGCCUCCCCCGCAUCCCGCAGCUGGGCAUCAAGUGUGCCGGUCUGAGCCGCGUCAUUGGUGCACACGGAGAGGCAGCGCCUAAGGGCACCAUCGACUACCUCCUGCAGCAGCACAAGCACAAGAGGGGCAAGGGCAAUGACAAAGAGGGAACGGUCGCCGAGAUCGAGGAUGAGCAGAUGCAGCCGGAGGACGAACAGAUGGACAUCGAGAUAGCCCACUGUGAGCGACACGCGGACCCGCUGCCCGAUGUCAUCGACUUAGACGAGUACGAGGAGCACCCCCACAGCAACCCGCUGCCGCCGUCAUCCUCGUUCAGCAGCCGCCCUGCCGCCCCUCUCCCCCAGAAGCGAUCGCGGCCCUCAACCGCUGCACAGCCCAAACCAUCGGUCAAGAAGGGCAAGAGGAACAGCGUGCAGCCGGUGUCGGGGCCGAUGGACGCGCUGCUCAAGAGGAUGGCUGACAAGAAGGCGGGCGGGGGCGAUGGGGGUGGUGGGAGCAGCGCGGCGGGUAAGGGCGAUUGGAUUGAGCUGGACUGACUAGCUUGACCGGAGAUGGGGAGGGAGGGUUCACAGCUACACCAUCAUGCGGGCGAUGUGCAUACCAUCUGUAUGUGUACCCUCUAUUCUGCAUGUAUCCUCUAUUCUGCAUGUAUAUAGAUCAAGUCAAUGAAUGAUUGGGGCGUGGCCUGUGUGCUUGGGUGCCAUGUGUGUGCCUGUAUAUACUCGGGAUUGCAAUGAUCGUAUCAAUGUGGUGUCUCGUCCUUCGCGAAACGACCAAGAAAGAAUGGAUCGCCUGUUGAUACGUUAC